UGUCGUUAUAUGCGACUCUGAGUCUGCCGACAACACUGGCGACAAACUUCGCUGAAGUCGACGCACUAAGUGUGAAUUGUUGUUUCGAGUCAGCGUCACUGGUUGAGGAGGUUAAAAGACGUACAUAGGUGUACUGAAAUCGAUGGUAGUGAUUAAAGGAGCUUGAAAAUAGAAUUAACUUUUAACAAAACUCCAGAGAAAACUCCUUCAAGAUGUCUGAGCGUAAAGUGUUGAACAAAUACUACCCCCCGGAUUUCGAUCCAUCAAAAAUCCCGCGUAUGAAAUUGGCCCGCAAUCGUCAGUACACAGUGCGUUUGAUGGCACCGUUUAACAUGAGGUGUAAGACGUGUGGCGAGUACAUAUAUAAGGGUAAGAAAUUCAACGCGCGAAAAGAGGAUGUCGAGGGUGACGAUUACCUCGGCAUAAGGAUAUACAGAUUUUACAUAAAGUGUACCAGGUGUCUUCAGGAAAUUUCAUUCAAGACGGACCCAAAGAAUACGGAUUAUGAAAUCGAGGCAGGAGCGACGCGGAAUUUUAUGGCGUUGAAGCUGGCCGAGGAGCAAGCGCAACGUGAGGAAGAUGAGGAGAAGGAGGAGGAGGCGACCAACCCCAUGAAACUCUUAGAGAAAAGAACUCAACAAUCUAAGCAGGAGUUAGAGCUUCUUGAGUCUCUCGAAGAGCUGAAAGAUCUUAAUAGAAGGCAACAAACCAUUGAUUAUGAUCAAAUGCUGGAGCAGUACGACACUAUCUCAGCUAGACAAAGAACUGUCAAGGAGCAGGAGGAGAUGGACGAGCAAUUAGUAAAGUCUAUAUUCGGUAAAAAAGAAUCAACCAGCAAGGUUGUCAUUGAGGAAGAGAUAGUUGAGUUGAAUGACGAGCCAGAAAAGAAAAAGCCCAGAGUAGAAUCGACCGAAGAUGGCAGAACAGCCAAGAGUUCAGAAUCAACAUUAGCGGAGAAACCUGCCACUUCUGCGUCAACUUGGAAUCGCAGUGUUGGAGGUAUUUCAAGUAAACCAAACUUCACAGGACUGGUUAAACGGAAAACCGUAAACUUGGGAAUUGUGCCUCGCUCAACCCUAAAAGAGGAGACCACAGCAAAGUCGGAUAUUCCAGAGGCCAAGCCAUCGUGUGCUGGCCUAUCCCUACUAGGAGCAUAUUCUAGUGGAAGUGACAAUGACAGUGGUUGACCUUUAUUCAAUUAGUGCCAGACUGUAAUAAUAAAAAUGAUCUAGGUAUGUAUAUGUAAUAUAAUUCUAUUGUACAAAAAAAAUUGAAUGAAAAAAUCACCUGACCACGUCUUGAGUAUAUAAAUAAACGUGCUGUACAAAUAA